GCUUCUUGCACUCUUUAUUACUCACAGGCCGCGUGUUGAACUCUUUUAUUGCCAACUAAACACUGAAAAACAAUCGCACAUAAGGGGGGAAAAAGUCCAAUCGCAUCCUCUCAAUCUCAAUUUCCACAUAUAUAUAUUUUUCUAUAUUUCUUGGGUGAGUAUUUGAUGGGUCUGUAAAUGGGUUCCCUUGAAACUGGUCUUUCUCUAAAGAGAGACGAAAGCAGGAUUGAGAGGCACCCAUUUGGUCAAAAACCCAGAUCAAGAUUUAUGAAAUUCGUUUUGUUCAAGAAAAUUGGAUACCUGCAAUGGGUUUGCACGGUAGCCGUGUUUUUCUUCUUCGUGGUUAUUUUCCAGAUGUUCUUGCCCGGUUUAGUGAUGGAGAAGUCAGAGAAUUCUUGGAAGGGAAGAGAGGUGGAUUCUGGGGAUUCGAUGGUGUGGAAGGAGUUUGGGAGGUUGGAUUUUGGAGAAGGUGUUAAGUUUGAGCCACUGAAUCUUUUGGGUAAAUUUCGAAAAGAGUCUAGAGAGGUCAAUUUGUCUUCUGUUGGUCGGAGUGGAGUUGGAUUUGGGUAUAGAAAGCCCCAGCUUGCUUUGGUUUUUGCAGAUCUGUUAUUUGAUCCACAGCAGAUACUGAUGGCUACUGUUGCUGUUGCUUUUCGGGAAAUUGGGUAUCAAAUUACGGUUUACUCACUUGAAGAUGGUCCUGUACUUGCAGUUUGGAAAAAUAUUGGAGUUCCGGUCACUCUUAUCAAAACCCGUGAGAAAAAAGACGUCGUUGUAGACUGGCUAAACUAUGAUGGCAUAAUUGUGAGCUCCGUUGAAGCGAGGGAAGUCUUUUCUAGUCUUCUGCAGGAACCUUUCAAGUCAGUACCUGUUAUAUGGACCAUCCAUGAAAGAACACUUGGUUUUCGUUUGAGACAAUAUGUGUCAAGUGGCCAAGUUGAGCUUGUAAACGAUUGGAAGAAAUUCAUCAAUCGUGCUACUGUUGUGGUCUUCCCAAGCUAUGCCCUCCCGAUGCUAUACUCUGAAUGUGAUUCUGGAAACUACUAUGUCAUUCCGGGUUCUCCAGUUGAAGCAUGGGAAGCAGACCACUUUAAGGUAACUGACAAGGAUAAUCUUCGUGUCAAAAUGGAUUAUGGGCCUGACGACUUUGUUAUUGUCAUAGUGGGAAGUCAAUUCUUGUACAGAGGUUUGUGGCUGGAGCAUGCCUUUGUUUUAAGGGCUUUGUUACCCCUUAUUGAAGACCUCUCUUCUAAUCAUCCAAGUUCACUUCUUAAAAUCAUUCUCUUAAGUGGGGGUUUGACAAGCAAUUACAGUGUGGCUGUGGAGGCCAUUACUCAAAACCUAAGAUACCCCAAGAACACUGUGAGACAUUUUUCUGGUACUGAAGAUGCAAAAGCUGUUUUAAGUGUUGCUGAUCUUGUGAUAUAUGGAUCCUUUCUUGAAGAGCAAGCUUUUCCGGACAUUUUGAUAAAAGCCAUGUGCUUUGGGAAGCCAAUCAUAGCCCCAGAUAUAUCCAUGAUCAGGAAAUACGUUGAUGACAGGGUCAAUGGUUAUCUAUUUCCAAAGGGGAAUUUGAAGGUUCUUACUCAGAUACUAUUGCAAGUGGUAUCUCAGGGGAAGUUAUCACCUCUAGCUUGCAAUAUCGCAUCAAUUGGUGAGCGCACUGCUAAAAACCUUAUGGUUUCUGAAACCGUGGAAGGGUAUGCUUCUCUUGUCGAAUAUAUUCUCAAGCUCCCAUCAGAAGCUGUACCUUCCAAGGCUGUUUCUGAAAUCCCUAGAAAGCUAAAAGAGGAAUGGCAAUGGCAAUUAUUUGAGUCCAUAUUAGAUUCCGCAAAUUUAAAUGGAAGUUCAAAAAGCCACAAAUUUUUAGAGGAGAUUGAGAAGCAGUGGAAUGGUACUCGAACAGAAAGUUCUGGAGCCGUGACCAUUACAAAUGAAACAUUUGUAUAUAGCAUAUGGGAAGAAGAAAAGAAUAUUGAGAUGGCUAGUGCAAGGAAGAGAAGAGAAGAAGAGGAGUUGAAGGACAGAACUGAUCAACCUCGGGGAACAUGGGAGGAUGUGUAUCGAAGUGCCAAAAGGGCUGAUCGGUAUAAGAAUGAUCUGCAUGAAAGGGAUGAUGGAGAGCUUGAAAGGUCUGGCCAACCAUUAUGCAUCUAUGAACCUUACUUUGGUGAGGGAACCUGGCCUUUUUUGCACCGUACUUCACUCUAUCGUGGACUUGGGCUGUCCACCAAAGGUCGAAGGCCCCGGACAGAUGAUAUUGAUGCACCUUCUCGUCUUCCACUGCUUAACAACCCUUAUUACCGAGAUGCCCUUGUUGAAUAUGGAGCCUUUUUUGCUAUAGCUAACCGUGUUGACCGCAUUCACAAAAAUGCUUGGAUAGGGUUCCAGUCCUGGAGAGCAACAGCGAGGAAGGAAUCUUUGUCUAAGACUGCUGAAACUGCAUUAGUGGAUGCUAUCCAAUCGCAAAGGCAUGGUGACACACUAUACUUCUGGAUUCGUAUGGAUACAGAUCCAAGAAACCCAUUGCAACAAGAUUUUUGGACAUUCUGUGAUGCUAUAAAUGCUGGACAUUGCAAAUUUGCCUUUUCAGAGGCUCUUAAGAAGAUGUAUGGCAUAAAUCAUAAUUGGACUUCUCUUCCUCCUAUGCCCAUUGAUGGGGACACAUGGUCUGUUAUGCAUAGCUGGGUUUUACCCACCAGGUCCUUCUUGGAGUUUGUAAUGUUUUCCAGAAUGUUCGUAGAUGCAUUGGAUACACAAUUCUAUGAUGACAAUCAAAGUGGUCAUUGUUGUCUUAGUUUAUACAAGGACAAGCAUUGCUACUCCCGGUUGCUUGAGCUUCUCAUAAAUGUAUGGGCGUACCAUAGUGCGAGGAAGAUGGUGUAUGUGAAUCCAGACACUGGAUUAAUGAGGGAACACCACAAAUUAAAGAAUAGGAGAGGCCAAAUGUGGGUCAAAUGGUUUUCAUAUGCAACCGUAAAGGGCAUGGAUGAGGAUUUGGCUGAGGAGUUGGAUUCUGAUCACCCACAAAAGCGGAGGUUGUGGCCAUCAACGGGUGAAGUCUUUUGGCAAGGUAUGUACGAAAAGGAGAGAACCCAAAGAAAUAGAGAUAAAGAGAAGAGGAAAAAACAAAGCAAGGAUAAGAUAUCGAGAAUAAGAAGUCGGCAUCACCAAAAAACAAUAGGAAAGUAUGUGAAGCCUCUACCGGAGGCCAUGGAAGUCUCAAAUUCAACUGUGGUUGUUGCCAGGCUUUUGAGAUAGCACUUGUUAUGGGGGAAAAGUAGGCUAAUUUGAUGAGUCAAUUCUUUAUAGGAAUUUACCUUUUAACAUUUUUUUUGUCAUUUCCGCCGGGCAGGAUGCAUACGUAUGUAAGUUGUGUAACAAGUAUGUGAGGAUUUGUGUGUAACAGUAGCAUCAAAUGAAAAAGGUUGCAUAUCAGUGCUUCAAAUGUAAAGUUGUUAUUUCCUUC